GAGAGGGCGCUAUAUCGUACAGUUCUCUGCUUUUCCGCGACGCCUCCCAUCUUUGUGUGAAAAUCCCACGCGCACAAAGACGGAGAUACAUAGAGGAAGAGAUAGAGAGAGUUCUCUGCGAUACUUUUCUCUCGGUCAAAUUGAAGAUCUAUAUCCUCAGAGGCCCAGGUAUGUAGUGUUAGUUUUCAUACACAAGCCCAUAUAUACUGGUUCGUGUAUGAAGACUUUUCUUGAUUGACGGAACUCCAAGACGAAGGUUUUUCCCUGAUGUUUUAUUAUCUCGGAACUUAAAUUUCAGGUACAAGCCUUGAAUCAUAGCGCAGAGGUUCUUUUGGUUUAGGGAACUUGGACCAAGAAUAUUUGUGGUGAUAUAGGAAUCUCGGUUUAUUAUCAAAAUGUUUGGAUUUUUUAAAUCACCAGUGAAUAAGUUAUCUAAGCAGAACACAGUGGAUCCUGGAUUUCCGUCUUCUAACCCUUUUGAUUCAGAUACUGAAUCUGAGGCUAAGCAAACUUUUAAGCCUGCACGACGAACUGCUUCAGAACCUAUGCUGAUAACCCCAAAUUCCAACAACCCUUUUGACAACGAUGAUGAUGAGAGAAUAGGGGCUUCUUCUUCAUCAUCCUCACAUUCUAGUUCUGCAGUGGCAAGAGACAGAUACAGAAAUAAUUUCCAUGACUCGGGAGGAUUACAGAACCAGAGUGUGCAAGAACUGGAAAACUAUGCUGUAUACAAGGCUGAGGAGACAACAAAUACGGUAAACAACUGCCUGAAGCUUGCAGAGGACAUGAGGGAGGAUGCUACAAGGACCCUUGACAUGUUGCAUUAUCAGGGUGAGCAAAUCACAAGGACCCACAUGAUGGCUGCUGAUACGGAAAAGGAUUUGACUCGGGGUGAGAAGCUUUUAAAUAACCUUGGUGGCAUGUUCUCUAAGACUUGGAAGCCAAAGAAGACUCGAGAAAUUGCAGGGCCUAUAAUCACUGCAGAUAAUUCGUCCAAAAGAACUGAAAACCACUUAGACCAGAGGGAAAAGUUGGGUCUAGCUCCUGCACACAAAGGACGGUCAGCUUCUCGAACACCUCCUCCUGAACCAACAAAUGCCUUGCAGAAAGUUGAGGUCGAGAAUGCCAAGCAAGAUGAUGCACUUUCUGAUCUAAGUAAUAUUCUAGGUGAUCUGAAGAAUAUGGCAGUUGACAUGGGAGGCGAACUUAACAGGCAAAAUAAAGCCCUUGAUCAUCUUGGUGACGAUGUGGAUGAGCUGAACUCUCGCGUGAAAGGUGCCAAUCAACGUGCACGCCGUUUACUUGGGAAGUGAAUGCUGAUAGAGUUCAAUUACCAGCUCACUGUUCUCUUCCCACUUUUCCCUACUUCCAUAUUUAUUAAAUUUUGUUUUCCCUUCUUUUGGUUGAAAGCUGUCGCCAUGGAUACAUGUAACUGGUUUUCUUCCCAUUCUUUAUGCAUGCAAAAUAUGAGAAUUAUUUUAUUUUAUUUAUUUUUACCACAAUGGUUUUUUUUCUUUUUGCUUUUGCCUUCGACUAUAAAGCAGCAAUGUAAAAUUGUCCAAUGAUUUGACGACUAUAUGGUA